AUGGUGAUGGGUCAACAAGGGACACCAAUAAUGGGCCAGCACCCUGGCAUGAUGCCCCAAGGUGGAAUGCCUGUCAGGAUGCCUCAAGGGCAGCCCUUUAUUGGUGGAGCUCAACCCCAGCUUCCUGGCGCUCUCGGAGCCAGUGGCGCCAGGGCCCCAGGUCCUCCUGUGGCUCCAACAGGAUUCUUCCCACAAGGGCCUGGAAUGCAAGGUGCAGACCCCAGGGUUCUACAAGAAAGACAGCUUCAACAUAGGAUGCAGAUGGCAAAGCUCCAACAGCAACAGGUGAUGAUGGGCCAGCAACCUAUACCACACCCAAAUCAACAGUCUGGCUUAAUUGCUCAGCCGCAGCCGGGUAUGAUGGGGAACCCACUUAUGGCCCAACAAGCAAACACUCAACAGGGAAUGCUAGCCAACCAGGCCAAUCAGCAAAGCAUGGUACAAGCUCCGCAAGGAAUGGUUGGAGGCCAGACUCUGGUGCCACAGAACCUCGCAGGAGGCCAGCCUAUUAACCAUGCUCAAGCCAUGAUGGCAGCACAACCAGGCAUUAUGAGGAACCAGCCAGUUGCACCAUGUCAGCAACAGCGGCCCCAGCUGGUGAUGGGUCAGCAAGGCAUGGUUGGAUCUCCAGGUCAUCCUGGCCUCAGGGGUACUCAGGCCCAAUUGACUCCGCAACAACAGAACAUUCUGGCCCAACGCAUGCUUGCAUCUCAGCAACAGCAGCAGAAUGUUGCAAAGAAUUUGGCCCACCUGCAGCAGCAGCAGAUAGCACAGCAAAGACAACAAAACCAGUUGAUCAGUCAUUCGAGCCAAGAGCAAGGAGGGCUCUCCCAACCCUCUACCCCACAGAUGGGCUCCUCGCCUUCAGCAGGAAGUAUCACGCCCCAGCCACAGGGAGCUACAGACUCUGGUCCCAAAGAGGGUGGGAUACUGAGCCCUGAUUCAAGAACACCACCACAGCAGAGUGGGCCCUCCACUCCCAAUCAGAUGUCCCAACUAGGCUCUGCAAAUGAUCAUCAACCUGACUUGGUAAGACAGCAAUUACAACAGCAGCAGCAGCAGCAGCAUCAAAACCAGGUUUAUAUGGCCCACCAGCAAAAAUCAAAUCCUCAGUCUGGACCUGAGCAUCAAACGGUUUUGGUUGGAAACCAACAAACUGGUGUGCUUCAACAACAGCAGCGACAACUUCCCCUCACUCUCCAGAGGCAAGGUUCCCACAGUAUUGACAAUCCCAGUUUGAUAACUGUUAAAGAGGAAGGGAAACAAAGUGAUUUCUUAGCUCAGCAUCAACAACAGCAGCAAAUGGUUCAAAAUGCCAUGCAGCAGUCACAAGAUCCUAGUAUCCAGCAGCAGAUCAUUGGCCAGAACCAUCCUGGCCAGCCGCAGCCUGUUGUGACAGGCCAUAGUCAGCAACAGCAAGCUCUGAUGGCCCAGCAGCAAAAACAACAGGCAAUGAUGGGCAUGUUGAGAGCCCAGCAGCAAGGGAUGAUGGCACAGAGGCCUGUGCUUCCACCAGGACAGAUCCGCACCCCUAUCAACAUCCAGGCUAUUAUUGCUCAGAAUCCUCAUCUCCGCAAUCUUCCCCCAAACCAGCAGAUACAGCAGAUCCAGGCCAUGAUUGCCCAAAGGCAGCUCCAACAUGGACCAAUGCUGCGGAUGUCAAUGGGUCAAGGCCAGCAAAAUCCAUUAAGGUCUCACAUGCCACCAGGGCAGGUGCCACAGGUUGGGCAGAUGCCAGGGAUGGAAGGCCAACAGAUGCCAUAUGGAGCCAUGGGGAAGCCAGGAACAGUGGGUGCUCAGCAGCAGCCAGGUAUGUUGGGCCAACAACCUGGUGUUGCUCCUCAGAUGCAGCAGGGGAUGAUGGUCCCUGGGCAACAACAGCCACAAGCUGGGGAUAUGAUCCAACAUAUGAUUAGAGGUCAGGUACCGGUGCCACCUUCCCCCAUGGACCAGGGCCGUAUGGUAAGGCCAACAUCUCCACGUCAGCCGUUGGCCAACUCUCCGGGGGAUCCACAACGGCACACAUUUAAUCAGGCAAUGGGGAUGCGUCCUCCCACUCCCAACCAGAACCAACAAGCACUAAUGGCAGCUGCAGCAGGCCGGAUGCAGGGCUCUCCAUCCCAUGCAUAUUCUCCAAGAGGUCCCUUUGGCAUGAGCCCAGCCCACUCGGCAUCACCCCAUUCAUCCCAUGUCUCCUCACCUUCUAUGGUUGACAGUAGGGCUGGAAGGGGAAGUCCAUACAGCCAAGUCAAGGCAUCUCCACUCAGGUCACCUGGAGCCAAGAGUCCACUUGAUUGUCCAGGAAUGAAAGUAGAAACUCAGACAGCAGGCAAUGAAACAUCUCAGACAGCAUCAUAUAUCCCUAAUGGUCCACAGAAAGGCAUGAAUGUUCAGCAACAGGUCACAGAGAGCCAUGUUCCUCACACACACCAUGGCUCUAGAGUUGGGGAGCUAUGCAAAAUGACCCUACAGAACAUUAAACAGGAACCGGGAGAGGUUCAGUGUGAUGGCGCGGCAGAGCCUCAUAAUGGGGCUAUAAAGCGAGAAGCGACGGGUGAGGCCAUUACGUCCGGGAACAACACUUGCUUUAUUAAUGCUGGAAACAUGGCUGGAGAUCCUGGGUCUCAAGGCCCAAGAUCUGAGACUGGACAGCAACUAUUACAGAAACUCUUGAGAACCAAGAAUCUUCAGCUUGGUGCUCAGAGGCCUUCUGACGGCAUCCACAAUGAGAUCAAUGGCCACAUCAACAGCAAACUAGCGAUGCUUGAGCAAAAACUUCAAGGGACUCCACGAAAUAUGGAGGAUUUACAGUCUAUAACAAAAAGGGCUCCAGUACAAAAGCCAAAGCGCACUAAUAAGGCAGCUGGAGACCGAGGGCCUAACGCACGGAAGAAGAAUAAGAAGGAAGAAGUUGGAAAAAGUGCAGAAGCCCUGAUAAAGCAACUCAAGCAGGGUCUCUCUCUGUUACCCCUGAUGGAGCCUUCAAUCACUGCCAGCCUGGAUCUGUUUGCCCCUUUUGGAAGCAGCCCAGCCAAUGGCAAAGCCCAGCUAAAAGGGUCCUUUGGAAAUGCAGUACUGGACAAUAUCCCAGACUACUAUUCUCAAUUACUCACUAAGAGUAACCUCAGCAACCCACCAACACCCCCAUCCUCCCUGCCACCUACUCCUCCACCUUCAGUACAGCACAAGCUGCUGAAUGGAGUGACUCCUGGGGGGGUGCUGUCUGAGGGUCAGAAAGACACCGAGCCCCCAGAAGAACCAAUGGAUUCUGUAAGAGAGGAGGUGAAGAGUGUAGAUAUUCUAGCAGCUCUCCCCACCCCACCACAUAACCAGAAUGAGGACAUCAGGAUGGAGAGUGAUGACGAGGAUGCCCCAGAAAGCAUCAUCCCGGCUUCAUCCCCUGAGAGUAACGUAGGAGAUGAAACCCCACGUUUCCCUCACCUACGGGAGCCUAAAGAGGAAGAGACGGAGAGAGCAAUAUCCCCCAUCAUCCCCCUGAUACCUCGCACUGCCAUCCCAGCAUUCCCCGAAAACAAACCAUUUGAAGCAGCCAAUAGUAAGGCAGUUUCCACAUCCAACCAUUGGGACAAGGCCAAAAGCAAUGAAGUGUCUGUUACCUUCACAUUGUCCUCUGCUGCAGCCAAGAAACUGAACCAUGUGAUGAUGGCCAUGGCCCAGCUGCUUAACAUUAGGAUGCCAGGUUCUUAUGAGGUGACUUUCCCUCCCCAAAACCCUGACAUGCCUGGAGUGGAUGGGCCAGGGAAAGCACCCAACCAGUCAGGUGAUCUGAGUACAAAAGACAGUGCUUCACCCAGUCAGGAUGAGUGGCUAAGGCAAUUUGAUGUGUCUCUACCAGGCUGUACAUUGAAGAAACAAGUGGACAUUCUGGCACUUAUUAAACAGGAAUUCCCAGAAAAAGAAGACAACCCAGUCCAACACUGUUACACAACCAAUGUAAGUGACUUGGACGUGCGCCACCUUCCUACUAUACCAGUGGAGGAAUCUCCACCCCCAUCACCGUCCCCUCCGCUUCCUCCCCCAUCUGUCGUAGUACCAACAACAGAAGCUGAACUUUCGAAAAAAAAAUUAGCUUCUCCAUCCCGGUCUCCCUCCAGUCCCACCAUUGCCCAGAUAAAGACUGAGCCUGAACAGGAUGUUGUUCCUCUUAUUGAAGCUGCUCAACCAACUGAUGUCACAGAGUCUGAAGUUGCUGCUCCAGAGACCGUAACGGAUUCAGUGAAUGCCUCCGCUGUUCCAGAUCCUACUGCUCCUACUGAAGAUAAUCUGAGACCUGCUGUAAAGGAGGAGGACUUGGCCACUGAACCAGCUCCACCUCCUGAAGGUUCUCCCAGCAACAUGGAGUCUUCCCCUAAAGCUGUUAAGCAGCGCAGGCCUCUCUCUCCUGAUGAGGAGGUAGUACAUCCUAAAGUGAAAAAAUGGAAGGGGAUUCGCUGGAAGCGUCUUCAGAUUGUCAUCUCAAUACGUAAGGGUGGCUCAAAGAAAGAGAGUAGCCGUGAGGUGUCUGAGCUAAUGGAACGCCUGCGUAUUACUCUUCGACCAGACAAGCUGCCUCGGGAUAAACGUAAAUGCUGCUUCUGCCAUGAGGAAGGUGAUGGCGCCACAGAUGGGCCUGCCCGGUUGCUUAACAUUGAUGUGGACCUGUGGGUGCACCUCAACUGUGCCCUGUGGUCCACAGAGGUGUAUGAGACACAGGGGGGUGCCCUUAUUAAUGUGGAGGUAGCCCUGCGUCGCGGAUUGCGGACUCUUUGCGCAUACUGCCAGAAAACAGGUGCCACCAACAGCUGCAACAGAAUGCGCUGCCCGAAUGUCUACCACUUUGCCUGUGCCAUCCGGGCACGCUGCAUGUUCUUCAAGGACAAAACCAUGUUGUGCACCCAGCAUAAGCUGAAGGGCCCCAGUGAAGAUGAACUCAGUGCGUUUGCCGUUUUACGGCGCGUCUACAUUGAGCGUGAUGAGGUGAAACAGAUUGCCAGCAUCUUACAGCGAGGCGACCGUAUUCACCUGUUCCGUGUUGGUGGUCUCAUCUUUCAUGCUGUUGGCCAGUUGCUACCCUCUCAGAUGGCCAACUUCCACUCGCCCACUGCGAUCUUCCCUGUUGGCUAUGAGGCUACACGCAUCUACUGGAGCACGCGUCUGCCCAACAAACGCUGUCGCUAUCGCUGCCGCAUCAGUGAGGAUGACGGUCGCCCGUUGUUUGAGGUGCGUGUUCUGGAGCAUGGCAUGGAGGAUUUGCAGUACCGUGACACUACUCCAGAGGGGAUCUGGGAGCGCGUGGUUCAGCAGGUGGCUAAACUGCGAGAUGAAUCAUCCAUGUUGAAGCUGUUCACGGAACAUGUCAAGGGAGAGGAGAUGUAUGGCCUCACGGUUCAUGCUGUCAUGCGUAUCACUGAGUCGUUGCCUGGAGUGGAGAAUUGCCAGAACUACCAGUUCCGAUAUGGCCGGCACCCUCUGAUGGAGCUCCCGCUUAUGAUCAAUCCCACUGGCUGUGCUCGCUCUGAGCCCAAGGUCCCCACACAAUGCAAGAGGCCUCACACUCUAAAUAGUACCAGCGUCUCAAAGGCCUACCAGAGCACCUUCACUGGAGAGCUCAACACACCAUACAGCAAGCAGUUUGUCCACUCAAAGUCGUCCCAGUAUCGGCGCCUGAAGACUGAGUGGAAGAAUAACGUGUAUCUGGCACGGUCCCGCAUUCAGGGUCUGGGUCUGUACGCUGCAAAGGAUCUGGAGAAGCACACCAUGGUUAUUGAGUACAUUGGUACCGUCAUACGCAACGAGGUGGCCAAUCGCCGUGAGAAGAUCUAUGAGUUGCAGAAUCGCGGGAUCUACAUGUUCCGCAUCAACAAUGAGCAGGUGAUUGAUGCCACUCUAACAGGUGGCCCAGCUCGCUACGUCAACCAUUCCUGUGCCCCGAACUGUGUUGCAGAGGUUGUAACGUUUGACAAAGAAGACAAGAUUAUCAUCAUUUCCAGCCGCAGGAUCCCCAAGGGAGAAGAGCUGACCUACGAUUACCAGUUCGAUUUCGAGGACGAUCAGCACAAGAUCCCUUGCCAUUGUGGAGCCUGGAAUUGCAGAAAGUGGAUGAACUAACGAGAAGGAGGAUGGAGAAUUCCCCUCUCUCUGGUGCCAGAACACUCCUGCGCCAAAGCCUUUGAAUCCUACAUAGCCAGUGCAUAAGCUGUUCUGAAAGAUGUGGAGGAAGGCAGGCCUCCAUCAUUAAAAGACUUAAAGCGUUAACACCUGUAGCCAAAGGUUUGAAGAGCAUUAAUCAAUAAAAGCAACCGACCACCUCCGUCAACCACAGCUUGAUGGUGGGACUAACUUUCAUGUUUGGACUAGUGAUUCACCCUUUCCUCAGCCAAAACCCUUUUCCCCCCCACCCCUUUGACUGUUCUCAAUAAGCUUGCAGUGGCUGGAAAACAAUCCUCAACAUCUACCAAAUGAUUCUGACCCUCUGAUAUCAAUACUCGUAGUGCAGAGCUCACCUGGAGCUUCGACAAAAAGCCAUUUUAGAAUACUAAGAAUGAACUAAUGAUGCAUUUUUAUGUUUUAAGUCGGACCUAUUUCCUCUCCCACCCGGCCACACCUCCCCCUCACCUCCCAGGAAAAAAAAGGCACUUUCCCAUCAAGUCAUCAAUGAAGACAACACGGAUAUUGGCUAGCUAGACAAUCUUGAUGUGGCUCUGUGUAAGAACUACAUAUGAUCGAUGGAGAAAAAAGAUGUAAAUUAAUAUAAAAUUUGAGAUGCUAUUGAUAUGUGGCUCCAGAGGCACCAGAUGUUUUGACUGUGUGGAGUCCCAAGGUGGGUUAGUUGGACCCAGUCUACCUCAUUGAUUUAGCGGGAAGUGACUGCUUUGUAUAAAAACUGUUAACUGCUACUGUGGAACGGGGGAGGGAGGGGUGAGGGGGAAUGUUUUUAUGGGCUUAGCCUUCUCGGACAAGCAGGGAAUCUUAAGCAGCAGGUUUGCUCUAUCUACUCUAUGCUGAUGAUGAUUUACAAUAAUGAGCCAACAUAAUUAUUAUUCAUGAAUUGUUUAUACAAAGGAAAUAUAUGACAGUUUUGAUAAGAUAUUGCAUUAAAAUCACAAUCACAAACUUGGCGUGUCCUGUACGCCACCAAAUCAUCCUGGAUAUUGAUGUAGCUUUUUCUUUUUUUCUCUCUUUUUAUUUAUGCUUCUCAAAAACAUUAGCUGUGUGAAAGCACAAAAACAUCCAUGUUUUAUGAUGCUUAAAGACAGUAACGGUGUGAGCAAAUGGCUCUAGGAUCACUGGACACUUAGUCUUUGAAGAAGACUAUGAAGUCCAGAAUUAACCAAGUACACACAUUUGCUUGUUGCUUCAUACAUUGAAGUUCCACUUGACAACCAGCCGGUGGAUGCAUGACUACUGUCCCAUUAAAUGUUUUUUAUCCCUUGCCCUCCCCCCCAACAACUCAAUCUUUUCACAACUCAACCUUAAACUUUGAAUCAUGCCUCUUCCUCUCUGUAUUAUUUAGUGGACUGUUGUUAAACUUUACUGUAGUAAGUCUUCCUCUGCCGGAGUACAGCCUGCAGUGUUUCUACUUCCCCUGUAGUGUGCUUUUCUAGUGCUGGUACUAUCCUCUCGAGGCUGAACAGAUGGCAGGGAAAGACUUAUUGGAAAAAAGGGCAUUUGUUUUCAUUUCUAUGUAAGAUGAAUGAAAAAAGUCUUUAAAGGGAGCUUUACUAAAACUCCCCCUUCCCAUACUACUUUCCUCCUUCCCCUAACCUAAGACCUCACAUGAUUUUAAAAAUGCAAAGUUGUACAAACUGUAUAUAUAGUAUAUGCAUUAGGGGACAGCAACUCUUUAUCCAGCCCCUUUGUAAUCAAAGUCAAAAAGUGUAGAGAAAUAAAAUUGAAGAAAAAAAAUCAACCACUGGAUAUCAUUUUAACAAAGAUAAAGCUGUAUAUAAAUAUAAAUAUAUGUAAAAUGGCAAACUAAUAUCUUUAUGUAUAUGAACCAGAGUGUUUUGCAUUUACCUGUUUUUCUAUUAGUGUUUUUGCUAUAAGCUCUCAGAGACAAGUUUGUUAAAAUAGGUAUGAGAAAAUGUCUGGUCUUUUCUCCAAUCAGUUGCGACGGGAAGCCGGUGUGAUUACAGAACUGUUUGGAUUCAUGUGGAGGGGCGUCAGUUAGACAUGAAAAUCACUUCUUGCGUAAAGCAGUACAAUGGUGCAUAGCAUUUGUAUUUAUGUAAUAAUGUUCGUGUUUAUUUUUCUUUUUAUUUAUGCUACUGCUUGAUGAUUACCAAAACCUGUCCCUUAAUCGGUCACAAUUGGAUUAAUAUACUCUUGAAUGGAAAAUCUUGAAAUCCCUAGAAUCUUGUUAGUGUUUUGCUUUUUAUAUCUUCCCUAUAGAAGUGAAUGUGUUGGUAAACCUUGUGAAAUGGUUACUUGGCCUAAUGUAUGUUAUGAUGUAAUACUCAAAAGUUAAUCCCAUACUUAACCUGGUAAUGAAUUGCACUCUCAUAAUAUAAACAGAGAACUUCUCUAAAGUGGUAGAUAUUGAUCAAGUAUCUGAAGCAGUGAUAUAUAUAUUUUUUGGUAUGUUUCUAUUUCAAGGGAAGACCAUGACGAGACAUUAUGCCGCUCACUGGAUUUUAACCUGAAUAAUUUUUAACUUCUCUGAAUCGUAAUUUAAGUUCUCUGCAUAUCGUAUAAUUUAAUAAAAGUUUGCUCAAAUUGAAGGUUUUUUUUAACCUCACCUACUUUUUAAAAAGAUGUUGCAUCUGUACAGCAGAGAUACUUUUAGGGAAUAUGAAUAAAUAUAAUCAUUUUUAUUGUAUGUGGCAUGUUUUGUAUGGAUAUUAUUUUGAAUUGUACAUAUUUUUUUCAGGACGCCAGAGGUUGCAUCUCUUUAUAUACAGCUUUCCCCACUCCCUUUCCCCUUUCAUCUUAUUUCUUUGUCUGCUUUUGUUUCUUGUAAAGGAAAAUAAAAUGCAUUUUAAAUAUG